AUGUUUGCAAUUGCAGCGGGUGCAGCAUUCCUAUAUGCAGCCUAUAUGUUCAUUAGAAACAUAUGGGUUACCAAAGAAGAUUUAAAGGAUGACGAUAGUGUAGAUCGAUUACAUCGGAAACUAGACGACGAAAUUGCGAAAUUGAAACAAAGAAAACAAUACAAGUUAAUUGAUCAAACUGUAGCUGAUACUUGUCAACAGAUAUUCGAUUUAAAUAAUGAAGGUAGAAAUAAAAGUGAAAUUGAUUUACAUGGUCUAUUUGUUAAACAAUCGAUUGAAUAUUUGAAACAAAGAAUACAACUAUUGAAAUCAAACGGAUACAAUGGUGAAUUGUUAGUGAUCACCGGUUUAGUUGCUUAUAAUGAUGACAAGAAUUUUACAACGCUAGCGAGUAAUCUUAACGAUACUUUGAAGCAACAAUUCAGAGAGCAUCUCGAGCGUGACAAAGACGAGGAUGCAUUCAUUGUCGAUCCAUGGAAACGAUCAAAGGUUGCCAAUCUUUCUGCUCCUUCUAUUCUUGAUGAUUAUUUUCAAGAAGAUUGCCAAUGCACCUACCACAUUAGUAGAUACUUCCAAGCUAUCUCAGACAAAGAAACAAGAUGA